AAGAUGCGCUUGCAAAGGACUCUGCUGCUGCUCUCGCUGCUGAGCCUGGCCUCCGUCAGCCUGUCGCUCUCCUCCUGCACCACGCUGGACCUCGAGCACGUCAAGAAGAAGCGGGUGGAAGCCAUCCGGGGCCAGAUCCUCAGCAAGCUGCGCCUCACGAGCCCCCCGGAGAGCGUGGGGCCCAGCCACGUGCCCUACCAGAUCCUGGCGCUCUACAACAGCACCCGGGAGCUUCUGGAGGAGAUGGAGGACGAGAAGGAGGAGAGCUGCUCCCAGGACAACACCGAGUCCGAGUACUACGCCAAGGAGAUCCACAAAUUUGACAUGAUCCAGGGCCUCCCGGAGCACAACGAGUUGACAUUCUGCCCCAAAGGGGUAACUUCCAACGUGUUCCGCUUCAACGUGUCUUCAGCAGAAAAGAACAGCACCAACCUCUUCCGGGCUGAAUUUCGUGUCUUGCGAGUGCCAAACCCCAGUUCCAAACGCACCGAGCAACGCAUUGAGCUUUUCCAGAUUCUUAAGCCCGACGAGCAUAUUGCAAAGCAGCGUUACCUCAGUGGCCGCAACGUGAUGACCCGGGGCUCCGCUGAGUGGCUGUCCUUUGAUGUCACAGAUACCGUGCGCGAAUGGCUUUUGCAUAGAGAAUCUAACCAGGGACUGGAGAUCAGCAUCCACUGCCCAUGUAAUACCUUCCAGUCGAAUGGUGACAUUUUGGAGAACCUGCAUGAGGUGCUGGAGAUCAAGUUCAAAGGCAUCGACAGCGAGGAUAGCCAUGGGCGUGGGGACUUAGGGAGCCUGAAGAAGCAGAAAGACCUUCACAGUCCCCACUUGAUUUUGAUGAUGCUGCCCCCACAUAGGCUUGGGAGCCCAGCUGUAAGAAGCCAAAGGAAAAAACGAGCACUAGACACCAAUUACUGCUUUCGAAACCUGGAAGAGAACUGCUGCGUGCGCCGUCUCUAUAUCGACUUCCGGCAAGACCUGGGCUGGAAAUGGGUUCAUGAGCCCAAGGGGUACUUUGCCAACUUUUGUUCUGGACCAUGCCCAUACCUCCGCAGUGCAGACACAACUCACAGCACGGUGCUUGGCCUAUAUAAUACGCUGAAUCCUGAAGCAUCUGCUUCACCUUGCUGUGUGCCCCAGGACCUGGAGCCUCUCACCAUCUUGUACUAUGUUGGAAGGACACCCAAAGUGGAGCAGCUGUCCAAUAUGGUGGUGAAAUCCUGCAAGUGUAGCUGAAAAGGACUCAGCACCACCAGUAGCUGAGGAAUUGCAAUGAUGCACCUGCUGUUCACUGAGCAAAACGAACAACAAAGAACUUGGGGGGGGGCACUGUGGACUAGCCCUCUCAGUCUGCAAUCCAGAACAAAUGACCCAUUUGAAUGGCAUUUUUUAAAAAAAAAAAAAAACAUUGAACAACUCUGCCUUACUGGUUUUGUCAUCUUUUGUCCGGGAGUUUCUUUGGCAACAUGGACGCUUGUGAAAGUGAAGCCGUGUACCAGCUAGAUGUUUAGAGGUGCAAAUAUCAACCACAUGGGAAGAACUACAUUCAAGGAGGCAAGCCUGAACAGGGCUAUGGACAGAGAAAACAUGGAAAAGGAGAGUUUUGUCCUACCACUAGCUUUCUAGUAGCCCAGCUUUUUCUACAGGAUGAGGAUUUUCUUUUGAAGGAACAACUUGCUACUUUCUUAGAAACCAGACAUGUCCAUCACUAAAGAAGUCACUUACUGCUUUAGAAAUGGGAUCCAGCUUUAGAAUGUUUGUACCAUUCUGCUCAGAAUGAACAGUCUUGAGCAAGUUAAUUCUCAUACAGGAACUGUAGAAAUCUACAGUUUUAACCUCCUUAUGAAGUCCCUGCAACAUGACUUCUGGAGUUGGUGGGCAGCCUUGCUCCUAUACACAACCAUUUACAUAGACAAUAAUCUUCAAAGAAUCCUGUAUUUGCUGCGGUGGUUGAAGUAUUAUAAGGAAAUCUGCACAUUUCUUGCACAAGAACCUGGCCCAGGACACACCUGCCAAGGUUUUAUUAAAAAGUAUUAAUCUCAAAUAUUGUAAAAAAUAAAUAUUUUUUGGA